AUGGAUUUCUGGUACAAAGUUUGCUGUUGCUGUUGCCAUAGAGAAGAGGAACUAGAGAAGAAUCCGCUGAUAAUUGGUGACACGCUUCAGUAUUUCAACAAACUGCAGAAACGCAGGCGUUCAGAGGCGGUCAACCUGUGGAGCGAGCCUGCCGACAGCACCCACAUGGAGCGGGACGAUGAUCAUGAGCUCUACAUGCUGUUGCAGAAGAGGUCGAAAAUGCGCCGGGGGUCAGAGGGCUACCGACGUUUGAGUUUUGAUAUCAGUGCCCAUCGUCAGAUCCGUCGGAAGGUGAAGGACAGGUGGAAACAAGUUCUGGAAGCUUUGGGAUUCAAAGCUGAAGCAGAUGGGCUUCUGGCGGUCACUUCCAGUACUUCCUAUGAAUCCCUUCAUAACCCCCAAGAAGCCCGAAGGCUCAACAAUGCCUUGGCUGAGCAGACAGCUAUUUUUGACCGUCACCGUGGUGGCCCACCAGAGAGAUACCUCUUUGUCUUGGACCGGCUUAUUCUCCUUGAUGUGGGAGAAGACUUCUUGUCAGCUGCUCGGCACUUCUACCCUGUGGAAGAGGAAGGCGAGGGCGGAUCUUCCAGCAAUGAAGGGCCUUCUAACCCAGAUCCUAUUUUGGUCAAACUGAACAGUGGCGCUCAGGAAGAAGAAGAAGAGGAUGAAGAUGAGGUGGACGAAGAAGAUGAAUAUGCUUGAGGAGGAUGCUGAAGAAAAGAAUGUAGAGACUUAAUGUCUGAAUGGAAGACCCAGGAAGUUGAUGUCCUGAAUGCUCCAACAGACUAGCAGAUGCAGAUUGUCUAAUGUGACCACAACCGAGUUAUGGACUUGAUGGAAAUCUGUCUUUUCCCC